AGCAGAAGCAUACAGAACACCGUACAAGAUGAGACACUCAUCACCUAGUUUUGAUUUCACUUUUUCACCAGGUCCAUCGUUGGAGAGGAAUUUCUUCACCCCUUCGUCUUCCCAGAGCAGUAGCGUCUUUGGGUCCCAUCCCGAUGUUCAAACGCCCCCUUCUUCAUCCGGAUUUUCAUCCCCAGCUUCUCCACCAUUUGGUGGACAGGACCCUCGAAGGAGAAACUUUUUCUCAGAUCCUUUUGCACCAGUUGCAGGUCCAUCUACAGAGUCGAAUCUGGCAUUCAGGGCUCCGACUUUGCGGCCCGGAAGUGUCCCAGAUCAGAAUAUAAACAGGGCCAUAACGCAAGAGCCGCGCGCAUUGCCCAUUUUGACUGAAAGAUCUGCAGGUAUCUUCAGCAACCGGACACCGGAAAAUGCAUCGAUAUCAUCCCAUGUAGACACAGGGAGCGCCAGAGAAAUCCCGUCAAUGCAGGAAACAAAUCUACCAGAAGAGACGCCUCGCUCAAGCACAUUACCAGCGGAUGAGAAUGUGGAAGGCGAAGACGAGGGAGAGGUUGAAGUAGAGGGAGAGAACGAGCAUGAAAAUGAGCAUGAAGAUGGACAGGAAGCAUAUGAGGCUGGUGACGAUCUCUUUUCUCCUGACCCCAUCGACGACCGGAGGCUUCAGGACAGUCUAAACGCCGUCAAGAUCCAGCUCCGAGAGCUUUCCCAAACAAUCCACAAUUGUGAAGUGGCCCAAGACCCAGAAACCAGUUUGCAUCAUAUUUAUCGAGAAGCCAAGAAGCUCAGUGAAUUCAAGGAUCAAGAAACGCGUAUUGUCGGAUUCAUAGGCGAAACGGGAGUUGGCAAGAGCUCUGUCAUCAACUCAAUACUCGACCAAAGAGGUCUCGCACGCUCGAGUGGUGCAAGUGCCGCCUGUACUUCGGUGCCUAUGGAGUAUCGUUAUGUGGAUGAAGCGCAUCCCGAUGCUUACACCAUAGAAGCCGAAUUCAUGAAAGAAGCAGAAGUCAAUGAACUCUUAGAGGAGCUUCUAAGAAGUAUCCGACGUGCUGCCGUCCCUACGGAACGAAGUAUUAUCGCAGAGGAAAAUUGGCCACAGUAUGAAGCCAUAGGCAAAAUGUCUCACGAAACCAUCCAAGCAAUCUUUCGCGAUCGGCCAGACCUGACCAUUGAGUAUCUCGCGCGUGGAGCGGAAGAUGAGAUCCUUCAAGAGCUGAAGCAGCUGGCUAUGGAUCGAUUAACGUUCAGACCCGGGGGACUCAGUUCACUGAAUUACUCUGUCGUUGCCGGCGAUUUGGAAAGAUGCAAAGAUGAACUGGACAGAUUGACUAGUGACUCAGAGGACAACAAUGAGCAUGCGUUGUGGCCUUUCAUCAAAUUAAUUCGGGUGUUUCUCGAGUUGCCCGUGUUGAAGACCGGUCUGGUGCUUGCAGACCUCCCAGGACUGCGAGACAUGAAUUACGCAAGAGUACGAGCAACGGAGAAAUAUCUUGCCAACACCUGCGAUGAAGUGUUCAUAGUGCUGGGGAUAUCUCGAUGUGUUUCGAAUCAAUCGAUAUAUGACAUCGUCAACAAAUGUGGAGCGAGUAAGCGCAUACGGAUUGUUUGCACAAGAGCAGAAGAGACUUCGGCCGAAGAGUCUGCUCGCGGUGACAGUCAAUUUGCACGCCGCGUCAGAAAAAUGAACGCAGAUAUUAAAGUCUUGGAAGAAGAUUCAACUCGCAUCGGGCGUCAACGGCAAAACGCACGAGGUCACAGGAAAGCGGAGCUUGCUGUUCUCGAAUCCACAAAAGAGGACAGGAUACAUGAACUUCUCUACGAGCGAAAAGCCUUCAUCAUUAGGGAGCGAAACAAUUCAACCACAAGAGAGCUUGCGAGGACAAUCCAUAACAGGGAGGAGCACAGAGACAAGGACAUAAAGAUAUUCUGCGUUAGCAAUGAGCUAUACGGAAAUCCCCCACGCCAACUGGCCGAAAAAUACAGAAAGCUGAGCGGAGUUUGCGAGCUUCGUUCUUACUGCCGAUCAGUCCCUGCAGAGGCUAGAAUGGCGUCUGCUUCAUCUUUCAUCGGGAACCAAGUAUCAGCUCUUAUGCUUUCCAUACAUCAGUGGACACUGACGGGUCGGGACGCUGUGAAUUCUGCUAGAGCUCGUGAACUUCGAAGAGUACUGGAAAAGGCGGAAGCGGAUCUUCGUCAGGACUUUAUGUCAGCCCGUGGGCGUCUCGCUCGAACUCAGAACGAGGUAUUCACUACAUUUGAUACCCAAGUCAUGCAAAAGCUCGACCCCUAUUUCCAGAGAGAACUAAAGAAGAAGUUUGUUGCAGUUAGUGACAAUUGGAAUGAUUCUUAUCAUUCGGCCAGUUACGCCGCAUUCUGCCGACAGAACGGCACCCACACGACCAAGGCCAAGGGCGCACAAUGCUGGAAUGACGAGCUAAUGGCACAAGCACGGCCAGCUUUAGGUAUAAGAUGGGAUGCAGUAUAUACAUGGAUGAUGUCUCAAAGGGACGUACUUCAUCAGGACAUCUCGACGGCUUUCCAAACCAUCUCAAAUACACUUCAAGUGCAUUUCCAGGUUGCUCCACAAGCGAUCGGAAACCUUCUCUACGUUUUGGACUAUAGAGAAAGGUGCAUCAAGUAUAUUUUCACUGCAGCGAACACGCAUAUUAUUCAAAGCACAGAGUGAGCUUGGUCAACCAGUGUCAGACUAUCCAUCUCUCUAACACCUCUCCAGAUCUAUCAGAGACCACACUCUCAAUGGCCACAAUAACAGUUCACUAAUUGCCGAUCUAAUGCGAGAGGCAUACAAUAGAUGCAACCAAGAAGCGGGAACCGGCAGCGAUCGAAGACGCAAGGAUAUUAUGCACGACCACUUAUCCAACAUGCAACUUUACAGGAAGUAUGCAGAGUCUGUGCAGAGUUCGUAUCUUACUGCCAUGAACGAACCACUGAGCACCCUCAGAGAAAAGCUGCAUGAGCAGAUUGAAAUGAUUGCACGAGAUCUGCGAGCGGUAGUGGUUCCUGCUGGGGAGGCUUCGGAGGUUGAGAGAGCGCCAGGUCUAGUACGCGAGUUCCAGAGAAGACUUCGAACGUUGGGAGAGGCCUUGGAUCGUGCCUCAGAAGCUGCCCAGGCAGCCGGAAACUAAGAAGGAUCACGAGCUAUUUGUUAUUCUGGUGAUAAUAGCUUGGAUCGAAGGUAUAGUUGACCGGAAGGACGAGAAUGAAGAGGGAGUAAAGUUUCCAAAUCUUAAGGCACCUUCUUGUCAGCGAGAGUUGCUUCACUGUGAUCUUGCCCGGAUUCCAGCGGUUGCGAUGCCGGUGUUGCUCAUCAUAGCGCACAGCAAGGAAACUAAACGAUGC